GGAGCGCGCCAGGGGCAGCUGCUGCCGCUGCUGCUGCUUCGGAGACUCGGCUCGCCUGGCUUUGGAGGCUGGAGGAUCGCAGCCCUUGCCAAGCCCGGGAGGAGGACGGAGAGGAAGAGCAGGGGGCUCCGGGGGGGAUCGACGGCGCCUGGCACCCUGAAAAGAGAGCCGCGUCCUCCCUCGAGGGCGCCUCCUUUCUCCCAGGUCGCCCGGCCGGUUGUCCCUCCAGUGACGACGCCAUGAGUUCUCAUCCCCGCCGUGUCCGCCUGAAGCCCUGGCUGGUGGCCCAAGUCAACAGCGGUCAGUACCCGGGACUCCGCUGGGUGGAUGGCGAGAGGAAGCGCUUCUUCAUCCCCUGGCGCCAUGCCACCCGCCACAUCCCCAGCCAGGACGACGAGAACACUAUAUUCAAGGCCUGGGCCAAAGAGACAGGCAAAUACAACGAAGGCGUCGACGAGCCGGACCCCGCCAAGUGGAAGGCCAACCUGCGCUGUGCCCUCAACAAGAGCCGCGAGUUCAACCUGAUUUACGACGGCACCAAGGACACCCCCAUGCAGGCCUUCAAGAUCUACGAGGUUUGCGAUGCCCCACAGCCCAACGGAGAGUCUUUCGCUGGAGAUGAGAACGUCGGUUGUGAAGAAGAGGAGGAGUUGCAGAAGAUGAUGCCCACGCUACAAAUUGCAGAUCCGUCCCACGGCGCGGAGCCCCUGCCCCCCUACCCGUGGCUGAAGCAGGAGGCCUUGUACCCAGGCGCUUGCGCCAACGGAUCCUUCCCCCACGUGGCGCGCAUGAACGUUCCCCCUCCGCCUCCGCCCGUCGGCGCUUUUGCGGUUGGCGGGGAGCCCGCGGCGCCCAACUUUGCCGAACCGGCCAGAGGGAUGCCCCUUGUUCCAGGAGAUGUCCCCAUGUCGGCGGACCUGGAGCCCCUGCGCCCGGGGGGCUGCCCGGUGGCGCCCAUGGAGCAGUUCAUCCCGGAUUUGCUGAUCAGCCCCCACAUGCUGCCACUGACCGACUUGGAGAUCAAGUUCCAGUACCGCGGCCGCUCGGUGGGCUCCCUGACCAUCAGCAACCCCCACGGCUGCCGCCUCUUCUACAGCAACCUGAAGCCCACCCAGGAGCAAGUGGAGCUCUUUGGGCCCCUGACCCUGGAGCAGGUGCGCUUCCCCAGCGCGGAGGGCGUCCCCAACGAGAAGCAGCGCUUCUACACCCACCAGCUGCUGGACGUCUUGGACCGGGGCCUCAUCCUGGAGCUGCAGGGCCAGGACAUCUACGCCAUCCGCCUCUGCCAGUGCAAGGUCUUCUGGACGGGGCCCUGCGCCGGGGAGCUGGCGGGGCCCAACCCCAUCGAGCGCGAGAAGAAGAUAAAGCUCUUCAGCCUGGAGAGUUUCCUCAACGGACUUAUCAUGUUCCAGAAGGGCCAGAGCACCACGCCACCCCCCUACGAGAUUUUCUUCUGCUUCGGAGAGGAGUGGCCAGACCAGAAGCCUAAAGAGAAGAAGUUGAUCACAGUCCAGGUGGUGCCAGUAGCUGCGCGUCUCCUGUUGGAAAUGUUCUCCGGGGAGCUGUGCUGGUCAGCCGACAGCGUCCGCCUUCAGAUCUCCCACCCGGAUCUCAAGGACAAGAUGGUGGAACAGUUCAAGGAGCUGCACCAGCUCUGGCAGACGCAGCAGAGCGUCCAAGUCCAGAGCCUGCAGCUGGCCGGGCCCGAGAGCUGGCCCAUGCAGACCAGCACCACAAAUAGCAUGUAGCCAUGAGGGGGGACUGGGCACCUCGCCACCCCUGGGCUAUGGCACAGGCCCCGGCUCCAGGGGAGUCGGGAUGCCACUUUGCUAGUGGGCAGCUGAUGCAGAACCACGGGGACUUGCAAGCUCGGAGGCCUCCCCAGUUAAGAGCCGGACUUCAGCCUUUCACUGAGCCGAGAGAAGCCGCAGCAGUUCUUUGCAGGAUAAGGGCCUUCUCCCGAUUGCUGCAAAAACUAGCGAGCUGUCGAAUGGAAGGGGUGCGGGGAGAGGGCCGCAAGGGACUUGGGGGGCAAGAGCAGGCCUUGCGUCAGCGAUGAGGGAAGUCUGUUGAGCUUGGUUGCAGCAGGUAGCAUUUCUUAAGCGUAAGUGCUGUAGCAUGGAAGGGAAGGCCAGUACUCCCACCUUCUAGGAGAGCCCCUGCUAAGGCCUGGAGCAGGGCACAAAUGGGAGGGACCCCCAAGGGUCCUCUAGACCAACCCUCUGCAAUACAGCAACCACAGAGAACCACGCGCUGCUGUUGGGCCUCAGCUCCCAAAAGGCCGAAGCUGGAGGCUGCUCUGUGCCCCCUUCCCCCACUAGGUUGCAUGGGUUGGGGCCAGACCUGCCCUGCUUGGUGUAGGCAAGCAGAAGAGGGAGUCUCUCCUCCGAGGAGCACCCUUUGCCAAGUUUGAGACACUCCGCCAGCUCUUGGCACCGGAAUUCUUGACUUUCUAUUUGCAAGAGUGGGCAGUUUCCAGUCCCCGUGGCUGCGAAGAGAUGCUUGUAAGCAGGCGUGCAAUGCCUUUGGAGCUCCAACGAGCCAAGGAAAUUACCUGAAACGGGUUCUUUGUUGGCAAGAAGGCAUCGCCACAUCUCCCCUCAGCCUAACAGAACCAAGAAUGCAGACAUGGGUGUAGGUUUUGCACAAUCUCAACAGGUAGUGGAAACUAAGCUUCUCCUGGGCAGGAAACCUCUGUGUGCAAGAGGGUAUUAGCCAGCCUUUGGGGAAGGAAAUAUGCCUUUUUCUUUGUGUUUUGGAAGCCUGCCGUUUGUACAGGGGUGGGGAUUGGGGUUUUGUACAUGCCAAAGCUUUGCAGGAACAGAACGUGCUUCCAGAAAGCAGUAUCUAUGACCGCAAAGGUGCUUGAACCCAGAGGGAGAGUGAUGGGAUUCAGGGUCUCCUCUACAGCUUUUUACUCCAGCCCCCUCCCUGCCAAAAUCAAAAUCCAUGCAGGUCACAGAACUUGGCUUUCCUUGGCAAAGCGGAAGGAAACAGUGGGGAGAGGGGUGGAAGGGAAGAACCCAUUCCAUGGGGAAGGCCUGAAAGGAGCCGGCGACUCCUUGCAUUUGCCGACCUGCCCCACUGAAUCCACCAAGGUAUUUAGUUUCCUGCUGCUCCCUCUCCCUCCGCCUUGGCGAGUCAGACAAGAACGGGAGGGGUGUGUUGCGGUUUGCCACUGCCAAACUGCCGUGUUACGUGGCCUCUGCCCGUCAGCUGGGGGGCAGCGUGACCUCUGCCUGUGAAAUAAACAUGUUUACUCCAAUCUGCAAUGGCUGAUGAGUACUUGAGAUGCCGCGGGAAACUCGAGAGCUCUGCCAGGACACCUGCUGCCGCCUCCUGCAAUUCCGUGUCCAUCGCAAGGGAGAGGGGAGGGCGGCUGAGGUGGGGCGGCAGAAAAUAACCACUGCAGGAAUGGUCCCUGGAUACAGCUUGGUUGCGAUGGAAGCUGGCACAGUCUGCACUGAAGCAUGGUGCUAAACACAAACCAAGAAUGUGAUCUUUUGAUAGGACAAGGUUCGGGUUAAUAGAGCCAGAGCUGGGAGUGUUGAUGGGGAGAGCAGGGAUAAGGCCUUUAAGGAGAUAGAAUCAUAGUAUUGCAAAGGACACCCGAGGGUCAUCUAGUCCAACCCCCUUGCAAUGCAGGAAUCUCAACUAGAGCACCCCUGACAGAUGGCCAUCCAACCUCUGCUUUAAAAGCUCCAAGGAAGGAGUUGAUUCCACUGUCAAACACUUUUCUUGCUGCUGAAGUUUAGCCGGAAUCUCCUUUCUUGUGACUGGAAGCCAUGGGUUUGAGUUCUGCCCUCCAGAGCAGCAGAAAACAAGCUUGCCCUCUCUUCCACGUGGCAGCCCUUGGUUGUCUGCUCUGGUUCGCCAGAAGCGGCUUUGUCAUGCUGGCCACAUGACCCGGAAGCUGAACGCCGGCUCGCUCGGCCAAUAACGCGAGAUGAGCGGUGCAACCCCAGAGUCGGUCACGACCGGACCUAAUAGUCAGGGGUCCCUUUACCUAUCUCCUCUUUUCCAGGCUAAACAUAUCCAGCUUCUUCAACCGUUCCUCAUCAGGCUUAGUUUCCAGACCCUUGUUAUAUUCGUCACCCUCCCCUGCACACCUUGCAGGAAGGUGGAAGUAAUGUGUACAUCUCAAGAACAGCCUCUUCUGAAUUCAGAGGCAAGAAGCAACAGCUUCCUGGCAUUCCUUGAGCAUUAGGGGUGCAAAGGAGGGCACACCCAUUCUUGACUCAAACCACCUGCUUGCUAUAGAUAGCAACAAGCCUUCCUAGACAUUCACACAGCGAGUCCAGCUAAAUCUGCGCUUCAUCAGUAGCCGAGUUCUCUCUUGCCUCGGAUUCCUAGAGCAGCCCUCUCCAAAGGUGGUGCUCCCCUCCAGGUGUCCUGAACUACAACUCUCCCCAAAACAGGUGCGCUAUGAACU